GCAAUGAAUGCUGUUAUGAAAACUUGGCGAGAUGGGCCAUAUAUAUUUAUUGUGCAAAUUGGAAUUACAGCUGUGAAGGAUUCUACUACCAGAGCUAAACGAAUGGAGAAAACAACACCUUCCUCAUCUCAAAAUAAGCCCUUUACAAUGACAGUAGAACUGAAGGGGCCAUAUGAGUAUCUCUCACUUGCAGACUAUCCUCUGAUGAUUUUUUUCAUGGUGAUGUGUAUUGUGUACGUAUUCUUCGGGGUCCUAUGGCUUGCAUGGUCAGCCUGUUACUGGCGGGAUCUCCUGAGGAUCCAGUUCUGGAUUGGUGCUGUUAUAUUCCUGGGAAUGCUCGAAAAAGCAGUUUUCUAUGCAGAGUUCCAGAACAUCCGCUACACAGGGGAAUCUGUUCAAGGAGCAGUGAUACUGGCAGAACUGCUUUCUGCUGUGAAGCGCUCAUUGGCUCGAACUCUGGUCAUCAUAGUCAGCCUGGGAUAUGGGAUAGUCAAGCCUCGUCUUGGAGUUACUCUUCACAAAGUAGUUAUGGCUGGAGCCCUUUAUCUAUUAUUUUCCGGCAUGGAAGGUGUUCUUAGAGUCACAGGGGCCCAGAAUGAUCUUGCCUCCUUGGCUUUUAUUCCCCUGGCUUUCCUAGAUACUGCCCUGUGCUGGUGGAUAUUCAUCAGCUUAACUCAAACAAUGAAACUGCUGAAACUUCGAAGGAAUGUUGUGAAACUGUCUUUGUAUCGGCACUUCACCAAUACACUCAUCUUGGCAGUAGCAGCAUCUAUUGUAUUUAUCAUCUGGACCACUAUGAAGUUCAGGCUGGUGGACUGUCAGUCGGAUUGGCAGGAGCUAUGGGUGGAUGAUGCCAUCUGGCGUUUAUUGUUUUCAAUGAUCCUUUUUGUCAUCAUGAUUCUGUGGAGACCAUCUGCUAACAACCAAAGGUUUGCUUUCUCACCACUGUCUGAAGAGGAGGAUGAUGAUGAGCAGAAAGAGCCAAUGUUAAAGGAAAGCUUUGAGGGAAUGAAAAUGAGAAGUACAAAGCAAGAACCAAAUGGCAAUGUAAAAGCAAAUAAAGCUCAGGAGGAUGACCUGAAGUGGGUAGAGGAGAAUGUUCCUUCAUCAGUGACAGAUGUUGCUCUUCCAGCUCUUCUGGAUUCAGAUGAGGAAAGAAUGAUUACACACUUUGAAAGGUCCAAAAUGGAAUGAAGGAGUAGCUUUUUGCUAUUGGAAGUGGAGACGCCUCUUUUAAAGUUGCUUGGUGGAGCAAGUGCAUCCUGCUGACUUGUUUCUUGAUCUCAGCCUUGGAAGUUUGAUGCUUUAUUGUCACAAGAGCAUCUUGCUGUGGAAGAAGUUCACAAGGACAAUACAAACCUUUUGGAAAUUUGAAUUUACAAAGUUGCUGCAAGUUUGGAUUUUUAAGCAAUUUAAAUGUGUACUAUUCCAGCACCUUCUGUAACUUUUCAAAUAUUUAAUCUGUGAAACUAAAAUUCCUGAUGUCUGCUUGAGGA